CUGGAGAUGAAGGUCUCGCUUGAUUGAGGUGUCCUAGCGGCAAAAAUGGUGCGCUAGGGCUGCUUGCCCUAACUGGAUGCCGAAAUUGACUUGGUGCGGCGCUUUGACUGGGUGGGCAAGGCACGUGAUUUCAGCCAAUCCGCGUUCAACUUCCUGCCGGUCUGCUCCACCAUUCACAAGUCUCCGCUAAGCAUCUUGCGAUUCGAAGCUUUUUACAAGAUUCUAAUAAUUCGCUAAUGGUUUCUUAUCGAAAGACUCGCUUUGUUUGUGUAUCAGAUACGCAUGGCUAUUUGCCGCAAGAGGCGGGCUUUUCCUUACCUCCUGGCGAUGUCCUGAUUCAUGCUGGAGAUCUUACAAAUACUGGCAGUAUAUCGCAACUCAAGCGUACCCUUCAAUGGAUCAAAGAUGCAGAUUACGAAGCAAAGAUUGUAAUUGCGGGCAACCACGAUGUGACUUUGGAUCCGGACUUCUAUGCUGAGCAUGGAGGAAUUUUUCACAAGGAGCUUCAGGAUGUCACAGCAUGUAUUGACAUUGUAAAUACCGGGGAUGGGUCAGUCAUUUUCCUGAACCAUAAAUCUACCUUGGUGAAACUAUCUCGUCCUGAAGGGCCCCGAACGAUGUUCAAGGUCUUUGGGUCUCCAUUCUCGCGAUUUCGGGGGCAAUGGGCCUUUGGAUACAGCACAGCAGAGGAUGGCGAACGUUUAUGGAGCCAAAUUCCUACAGAUACAGACAUAGUAGUUACCCAUACACCUCCAUUCGGGUAUUGCGAUCACCAUCCUGCCGAUUACGGGCCAAGCGAAUCGACAGGCUGCAGGCAAUUACUCGAUGCCUUGAGCAGGAUCAAACCGAUGCUUUCUAUCUGCGGCCACGUACAUGAGGGUCGGGGCUAUGAACGAGUAAUGUGGUCAGCGAAUGCUAGUACAGUCUCAGUUGAUAAGGAGGCUUUACCACCUCUUAACAGUAAAAAGCAAAACCUCAUCGAUCUCACUGGAAAAAGACACCCAGCUUUGCGAAAUACAAGCAGCGCAUGCACAUCUAAGACUACUAGCGUACCAAAUUCAGAUAUGGAUGAUAAUAUUCGGCAAGAAACUUGUAUUAUCAAUGCAGCCAUCAUGGCGAAAAGCUGGCCUCACAUUAACGGGAAACAGUUCAACCGACCUAUCGUAGUGGAUAUCAAUCUUCCAAUCUGGGACCAUGAGGGUGGCGGGUGAGUAUGAAUUGUUUAGUCUGUAUUUAUGACAGAAGAAAGCUUCUCAACAUUUUUUUUGGUUUGAGUAAGGUACGCUGUGCGCACUGCCUAGUCCACCAUUCAUGCCAUUCUCAGAACAUCGUUCAAAUUGGGUUCCUAUGGCGCAAGAUGGACUACUGAUGAAGACUGUUGAUGACCAUUGACCUGUAUAUUUCUUGCAAGUAAGUAGUCUCUCGUUCCAUGAAUGGUAGACUUGCGGACUUAUUUAGACAUGGUUACUACAGCGUUUCUCGGAUACGUCAAUGUUAUAAAGCCUCAUGAAUUGAUUUUCAUUGACAACUCUGAUUUCACAGUGGAAUUGAAAGC